GCCGGCAAAAGUUAAUAGACAGUUGCCAUAGAAUUUGGCUUUAAAAAUUCUGAACUUCUCUAGGCCUUUCCUGAUUAAACUAUGGAAGUUUCAGGUUCCAUGAUGCUUCACUAGCAAUACAGGCUCUGAAGAAAGAUGUUUCGGCAGCGAACAGUGUCACCCGUUCUACCAUGGAUGCUGAGGCUAUCCCUCUCUUUUGUCACCUUCUUUUACAGUGCUUCGGUUCGGUUAAAUGGAACUGUCAACAGAAGCUUAGUGAACACAUUUGAGUACUUCCUCAAGCGCCCACAAAACGCGAAACCCGUCCAUGGUGUAAAAACCUUAGACAUCUUGAUCGACUCAACGAAAGAACUCUGGUAUCGUCUUUUCAUUCCAACUGAAUUACCAUCAGCGGAUGGCGGAACAAACAAACUUCCUGUGAUACUCUUUUUCCAUGGUGGUGCAUUCACAUUCCUGUCUCCCGAUUUAAUCAUAUAUGAUGCAGUCUGUAGACGCUUCGCUCACAAAGUUCCCGCUAUUGUUGUCUCUGUCAACUACAGACUCACCCCAGAUCACCGUUUUCCGUCUCAGUAUGAUGACGGAUUUGACACUUUGAAAUUCCUCGACGAGAAUAACUUUAGUGGAUUACCAUCUAAUGCAGAUUUGUCAUGUUGUUUUCUUGCUGGAGACAGUGCAGGAGGUAACAUAGCGCAUCAUGUUGCCGUCCGGUGGGCUUCUAAAGUCGAUGAGUUUCAACAAGUUAAAGUGAUUGGGUUAGUUGCGAUUCAACCUUUUUUUGGUGGAGAAGAGAGGACAGAAUCAGAGACACGACUCCAUGGAGCUCCAGUUAUACCCUCUGUCAAGCACUGCGACAGGCAUUGGAAAAUGUUUGUACCAGAAGGGUCUGACCGUGAUCAUGAAGCUGUAAACAUUUUCGGUCCGAAUUCUAAAACUGAUAUAUCCAAACUAAAAGAAUUUCCUUCCACAUUGGUGUUCAUCGGUGGAUUUGAUCCAUUACAAGAUUGGCAAAGACGGUAUUAUGAGGGUUUGAUGAGUUUUGGUAAACAAGCUUAUUUGGUCGAGUACCAUAACGUGAUUCAUGCUUUCUACGUAAUUCCUGAUUUCUCAGAAUCUUAUCUUUUGAUUAGUGAGGUAAAACGUUUUAUUUGGAACCAAAUCAGCUCGAAUAAUACGUCUCAAAUCUAUGCUAAAGAAACACAGAAGAAUUAUUAGUAAGUGCCACUGCUCAUUUUCGGUGUCCAGGGUCAGCAGUAAUUUAUAGAAUAAAAUUUGGUUUUUCUACUCAUUUCCAAGAUUGAUUUUGCUCGUCAUAUGCAAUCUUUUCCGCGCAUGGCUCGUGAUUUCAACUUUGUCAAGGAAUUGGCGCAAAGCAAAAGUCCACCAGUCUCCUCCACUAUUGAUCGAUUGGCAUAUAUCUCCACUAAAAUCAGUACUUCAUUGGCCAGGCUUCAGUCUCCUCAAAAACAAGCUGAGGGUGCUUCCUUUUUCAACCAGUUCAUCUCGAGGGAGAGUAUUAGCUAGUGUGUUAUAUUCUGUUUUUCUUACACCUGCUUUAUACUAUCUGUUGUUUCUCUCUCGGUGGAUUGCCAUUAAUUUAUGAUAAGACCAUGUGCAAAGCCUACAUGUGCAUAUAUGGUGGACUUUGAGGGAAAAGUCAUCUUUAAAGGGAUGGAAUUAUAAGACCACGUCUUAUCGGCUAUGUCGAUAUUAGUCCAGAGAGUACAUGCAAUACUGUUGAAUGUUUGUGCUGGUGUAAGAAAGAUUUGUUCAAUUCAUUUGGAUUUUCA